AUGCUUAUAUAAAGUGUUUGAUGAUUGGUUGAAAUGAAUACGCGGCAAAAAAAAUUUGAAUUGUAUUAUAAGAUUAAUGUUAGUUAUCGCGGUAAAAAAUAGAUUUUGUUAAAUCCAAGAAUAUGAAAAAUGGCUUUUAUUGUUCGGCUGAUAACUACUUUAGAACGUACAUAAGUACAGUUUGAACAAAACGAUGAAAGAGAUAACAUAAAUACGUCGUCCAUCUUGAGAAAUCUUGAAUUAUAUAAUUUUUUUAUUUUUUACGUAAAAAUUAUUCUAUUAAAUAGAAUAUUCUAUUAAUUAAAAAUCAUAUUAGUUUUUAUUAAUUACGUUAAAUGUUUCGAAAAAUUAAUAUUACGAAAUCGUUUUUCGGUGUUGUGUAUUCAUCUACAGAAUCAUCUGUUGCACCAUAUGUUUCACGUAGAAUACAACAAUUUAGAGAUCAUUUAAAUAAUACGCAUGACAAUGAUAUACUCACAGAUUCAUUUGGAAGACGUCAUACAUAUUUACGUAUUUCAAUUACCGAACGUUGCAAUCUUCGAUGCUUAUAUUGUAUGCCAGCAGAAGGAGUUAAGUUGACAAAGAAUGAUGGUAUUUCUGGUUUGAAACAGUUAUCUAAUUUAAAACAAAUUGCAAUUACGACUAAUGGAUUAACAUUAACACGUCAGUUACCAUCUCUUCAAAAAGCUGGAUUAGAUGCAAUAAAUAUUUCUUUAGAUACUUUACAAGAAAAUCGUUUUGAACAAUUUACCCGUAGAAAGGGAUGGUCUAGAGUUAUGGCUGCAAUUGAUCUAGCUAUUCAAUUAGGUUAUAAUCCAGUAAAGGUGAAUUGUGUUAUAAUGAAAGGUUUCAAUGAUGAUGAGAUAAUUGAUUUUGUUAAUUUAACAAAAAAUCGCCCGAUUGAUAUACGUUUUAUUGAAUAUAUGCCUUUUCAAGGAAAUGAAUGGAAUCAGAAUAAAAUGGUUUCCUUUGAGACUAUGAAAAAAUUUAUUAGAGAUAUAUAUCCUAAUCUUCAACGUCUUCCAAAUAAGUACAAUGAUACAUCUAAAGCAUAUCAUGUACCUGGAUUUACAGGACAAAUUGGAUUUAUUACAUCGAUGAGUGAUCAUUUUUGUAAUUCGUGUAAUAGAUUAAGAAUAACGGCAGAUGGAAAUUUAAAAGUUUGUUUGUUUGAGGGAAAGGGAGAAAUAUCUCUUCGAGAUGCGUUACGUAGUGGAGCAUCUAAUGAUAUUUUGAAAGAAAUGAUUGGACAAGCGGUGCAACGUAAAAAGAAGCAACAUGCGGUUAAAAAGAAACGUAUUCAUCUUAAGAAUUAUAAAGAUAUAACGAGACAAUAUAUAAUGGAUUACAUGGGAUUUCGAUUUAAAAAUGAUAUGAGUAUAAGAGUAUUUUCCUCAUUGUCACACGUAGAUGAAAGUGGCAAAGCAAGCAUGGUAGAUGUAGAUUCGAAAAACGAAACUAAACGCAUUGCAAUAGCAAAAGGAAUUGUACAAGUUAAUUCAAAUAUAAGCAAAUUGAUAGUUGAGAAUAAUAUAAAAAAAGGCGAUGUAUUAUCUGUGGCACAAUUGGCAGGUAUCAUAGCAGCGAAACGUACUUCUGAUUUGAUACCUCUAUGUCAUCCACUUCCAUUAUCUUAUGUAAAUGUAUCCUUACAUUUAAACGAAAAAUUACAUCGUAUAGAAAUCACGGCAGAAGUUAGAUGCACUGGAAAAACUGGUGUAGAAAUGGAAGCUUUAACAGCCGUAAGUAUUGCGGCUCUAACAAUUUAUGAUAUGUGUAAAUAUGCAACUUCCCCAAAAUAUAUAAAAAUAACCGAUAUCGAAUUAAUUUCAAAAACUGGUGGUACAAAGGGUGAUUUUUUUAGAAAAUAAAUAUUUUAUUUUAAUAGUGUAUUAUUAUACACAUAUAACAUAUGCAUAAUAUAAUACAAUAUAUAAAUUUUGUAUCAUAUAUAUAUAUAAUCAAUAACGACGAUUUAAAGAAUUAUACAAUUUAUUUUGCUCAAUAUUGAAUUAUAUAUAAUUUAUAUAUAAUUUUAUAUGAUUAUUAUUGAUAAAGGAAUUAUUAAAAUAUAUGAAUUUUAUCAUAUUUUUAUUAUCAUUUUAUAUUAUAAAAAAAUUAUCUUGUUAUAUUUAUGUAAUUUAUGUACCUGCAAGCAUAAAAAAUAAGGAUUUAUAUUAUUCAUACUAUAUUUUA